UCUUUCCCAUCACCAUUCGAAGUCGCACAAAUUAUUGCCAGCAGUUUCCACAGCCGAUUCCUCCUGCUACUGUACUGACCUUUGUAUUUGAAGAGAAAAAUACUACCGAAGAAGACAAAGAUGGCUUCUGCCCCAUCCCUCUUCUGCUGCAUGUUUUUUAUCGUAUCCAUAGCCGCCACGAACUCCCCUGUUGAAGCUUCCAAGGAAUUCAAAGUCGGUGGCUCCGAGGGUUGGCGAACCCCCGAUGCGAAUGAAUCCGCAAUUUACGAUCAGUGGGCCGCGAGGAAACGAUUUCGAGUCGGUGAUUCUCUCCGUUUUGAAUACAAGAACGAUUCAGUUCUUGUGGUUGACAAAUUUGGCUACUACCACUGCAACACAAGCAAUCCAAUCUCCACCUUCAACCAUGGAAACACUACCGUUGUCAAUCUCGACAAGCCGGGCCCCAUCUACUUCAUAAGCGGGGACCCAAACCACUGCAAAGACGGCCAGCGGCUCGUCAUCGAAGUGAUGAGUUUGCACCAAGUAGCCCACUCUCCUCCAUCCAUUGCCAAUCCACCGGAUUCAGCCAUGUCGCCUUCGUCUCUUUCGGGUUCCGGUGUCUCUGAUUCGGUCACUCUGGUUUCAGUCUCGGUGGCUGUUAUUGCCACUUCUGUUACUUUGUUUUCCGCACCAUUUCCAUUUGUUGGCUAUGUGUGAUGAGUUCUUGGUAUGGUUUUCUGUGUUUUUUGAGUUUUUGCAUUUGAGUACUUAAUUAUUGAUGACUAUUUGUUGAAGAUUCAUUGUUAUAUUUUGUUGGGAGUUUAUAUAG